UUCGAAUGAACGCGUGGUUCGAUGGGCCUUAUCAGGAUACGCGUCUUGCUCUUCAUCCUCAUCUAAGGCUUAGUAGGGCUGAGCUCGUGCUUGUCAUUCUGUACUCGACUCUUUGGUCACAGUAUUGUGUAAUAACAUGCAACUGUGCGAUCAAGCACCCUCACGAGGUGGGCUGCAUGGUCCCACUUUGGGGAAUGAUGUAGGGCUGAUGAUAGAAACGUAAUAUUCAACGACUUGGAAUUCUGCCCGGCCACGUUCACCUUCAACGAGGCUCGAGCUGUCCGUACCGCCGUGACCCCAUGCAAGCCCCAUCAGGAUUUAAUCUUACGGCUGGGGGCGGAAUUGGUGUUCUCUUUGCAACCGAGUAGCAAAAUGGUCGCACAUAUUACAUUUAUCUUCAUCUUUGCCUCCUCCGCUGUGCUCUCACGAAGGUGGUCGCGCUCUAUGUUCUGUCUUGUCCAACGUCAAAAUGAGGUUCUUUUACGGGCAGUACCUUCGAAAACUCUCCUCCGUGCGUUAUGAUUUUCGCGAAGUAGACUUAGCUGCCAAUGGAACAUGGACCUUCAUUACUCCUGAGAUCGACUCUCUCUCUAUCUUGCCGGGCAUAUGCCAUGGUUCUUAUCCCUUGGGCAAACUCGAGAAUGAAGAGACUAAAAACGUUAUCAGUCGUAUUCAAUCUGAUGCGCGCAACUGGUUGCAACUUGACUGUGUGAUACCAGUGAAAAUAUCAUCACGUUUAAUGUUGCAAGACCAUUCUCUAGCUUUGCAGAAUACCACACCUCUUCCGACAAUCAUUGACCUCGAACUGGAUACCCUGAAGGUCUUGCUCGAUGCCACCGAACAAAUAGCCAGGUAUCACUUCUCACAGUGGCACCACGCCGCUAAGAACUCGAAAUUCCAUAUGGAGUGGGCGGAGGCCAGCGAAAUCGAAUCUUUGCAACUUACAGAUCCCCUCUCUGUAUUCAUCAAUACGAUACUUGAACGGCGGGCUCACCGUGCAUCAUUGCUACGGAUCAUGAGGGCACCAGGACCAUACGAUGGCGGGGCUGACCUUCUCUUUGAGAGAUACAUCAAGGUUGCCAUUUCGUUGUUGUUCGAUAACAACCACUUGGUCCUUCUGAGCUGCGAUAACCAUGUAAAAGACCCUCCUACGUAUUCACCACAGGACCGUUUGCCUCUUGUUGUUGCAGGUGGGGCUCCCGAUAUUGAAUUGGUGCGGAGCGAGAUGGCUAGAAUCCUACGACCUACGUUAGUCCAUUUGGUUCGGGCACAUCGGGGUGGUCAAGAGGCGACAAGUGGGACUGUACUUCCUGAUCAUUGUGUCCUGUAUGGUCUUCACUGGUCGAGAACUCACUUACGGAUUUUCGCUCAUUUUCCGAUCCGUACAAUCGGUGACAGCUCUGCCGACUGGAAGUUCGGUCAAGCGCUUGCGGUACAACAUUGGGUAUCUGUAGAAGAACAUCUUCCUGAGUAUAUUCGCUCCAAUUGGACUGGUCAGGAUGAUAUGUUCUUGGAUCGUUGGCGAGUGGCCGUUGCGCUCUUUGCCAUCCGGGCUCGCGUCCAGGAGCUGGAGCAACUCUUGAAAGAUAUCAAUACACCGGAAAUGAUACCACGACCACAAUCACCACUUGCCUCCGGGUCUGAUCAAACACUCGCUAGAUUUCAGCCUCGGUCUACGUUAGUGCUUCAAUAUGUUCACGCCAUGCGACGAUUUUGGAGAGACCAUCAAAUCGAGGUGCCUCAAGAGUGGAUACCAGCCGAGGAAGAAGUUGUCACAAUACUUCCUACCGUUGUUGAAGACUCUGAUGAGCUCGUUAUUGUCAAUAACCUAUUAUUUUCGCUUUCCAAGAUAAUGCUUCACCCAUUGCGCCACUUGCUGGUUCCGCUUUCCAAGGAGACCAUGUCUGCAUACCGUUUCGCCGACAGUCACAUUGGUCCAAAUUUCCUGCAUUCACUCCAUGUCCCUAGGUCGCAUUUCGAUUGGAAGGUGUUGGAGGUAGAUCUGGGGGAGAAUACAAGACCACAUCUAGCCCGGCUGUACGACCUUCUAAUCAUGAGUGCAACGUGUUGGGAGGAUGUCAGCAUCUUCCUGGCCAAUGUUUUCGCCGGCUUCUCUUCCUAUGCCGUUCGCUGGCAUCCGCGAGCCCGGUAUCCCUUCGAGAUGCAGGCUCCGUCUAUAGAUAUAGUCCUCGAUUUUGCUCUUGCAGUGCAGACAGUUGCACCGACGACGUUGUUAACGAUCAAACGUGCUUCUCAGCUUCCCCUCUCAUUAUCUAGUCCAGCCGUGGUACUUGGCAUCCGGUCGACAACUUUUGACUGCAAUGGUUCAGCGAUCACCCUUCACGAGCUGGAUGAUCUCAAGGUUCUAAUGGCGCCUCACCUGCGAGUGGUAAGUAUGGCAUUCGGUGGUGAUGGCAACGACGAGGAUACAUUAUUGCCAACGUGGGCAACUCUCUUCGCAAUCUUCCUCAAGGCAAAAGUGGUGCACAUCAUAGCAUUCACUUUGCUCCGUGCAGAAGGCGGUCCUAUUAUCGAUGCUUGUGUCGUGGAUAGUCUCCCAAUUACGAUGAUCAUGAAUAACUUGAAGGAUCUUGAAGAUCGCUUGCGUCUCACCAUGGCGCUGUUUGCUAUCCAAACACAUGUCGUGCGUUUUUCUACGCAUUGGGCAGAUAUUGUCUGGAGUGAUACCUUGUUGGGCGAAGAGCGGGAGGCUAUACUUUGCGUGACCGGGGUUCCUUCACGCCCAGAGACAUCGAGUUGCUCGGACUCUGAAUCUAGAGACCCAAGGACAAUUAUGGAACAAUUGGGACAAUACAGAGAUGACAUUGAAGACGAAGCAGAGAUGGAUAGCAACGAUACGAGUAUUGCUCGAGGCGAGGUACUGAUGGAUGUCAUUGAUAAAGUGAAUCAGUGGCUGGACGAUCAGACAGAGAUAUCCUGAGGUACGAAGGUUGCGUUUCUGUCUACACGGCUUUUAGGCCGAUUUAGAUGACCUUGUAAACAUGUAGGAAUGAUUCUACCAUUAUAAAGUACUGUGAUAAUGAACCAGUCGACUGCGCCGUCGAGCUCAUUUCAGCAUACACCUGCACCCAUUCGCAUCAACAGAGCACAUCCAAUAGAUGCCGCGCAAGACGAUAAGCAGAUAGUAC